AUUUUCCCCUCCAAUUGCCUUAAAAUUUAAUUUUUGAAUUUUUAAAAAAUGCUCUGUACCAACAACAGCAGUGGAAAUACUCCCCCUGAACGGAGAGACCCUGUUCCGCAUAGAGGAUUUAAUGCUAAAGCUAGAGAGGUUCUUUUGGAUUCAGAAAAGAGUCGUUAUUGGGAAUUUUUAAGUCGAAGUGUUCACAAAGCUGAAAGGGCUAAAAUGUGUCCAGCAAAUAAUUUUCGUCGUUGUGGCAGUGACGAAGAAUUUUUGCGUAGAGUUCGUUUUGGUAGAACAGAAAGUGAGGGAAGGGACUCUUCUGGGUCUCGUGGAAGUGUUUCUGGGGAAAAUAAAAUUAAAGGAAUUACAAAUGGUGAGAAAAUAAAUUUGAGAUUAAAAAAAUAA